AAUCCCCCUGCCCCGCAUGACAGGGCCUUCCCCAUUCCCUGGGAACCAGCCCUGCCCCCUCCCUCCACUGUUCCAGUCAAAGGCUGACUCUUCUCUCCUCCAACCCGCCUGCUCUAGUUCGCACUGGGACCGCCCUCGUCAGGGCCCGAGCCAUGGAUCUGGUGUUCCUGGUCAUCAACGGCGUAGGGAUGGGCUUGGAUUUCCUGGGGUUCCUGCUCGAUGUGAACUUCUUCCUGGUCUCCACCUUGGUCUCCACGCUGGUCUGGCUCAUUAUGUUCAUCUACAACCUGCCCAACGCGCUGGUGGCGGGCAUGAUGCACUGCUGGAACGGGACCUUGUUCUCCAUGCUGUACCUGGUGGAGGCGCUGUGCUGCCUGGCGUUGGGCUCAGUGCAGACUGUCACCGGCCUGUUCCGAGGCUUCUGCUCCGGCCUGGAGAGUCUGAAAGUGGUCGGGCACCUGUUCUCACACGUAGGCCUGAGAAGCAAAGAAUUCGUGCACCGAGGGCUCUGGAAUGUGGUUGGCUCUGGCCAGUCGCUCCUGAGGCAGGUGUGCGAAGUGUUUACCAUCAUCAUGAGCCUCCUGGCUUAUUUUGUGAACAGCCUCAUCAACAUCUGCCUGAUCGGCACCCAGAAUCUGGUGCUGAUCCUGUGGGACUCCAUCGUCACUCCUUUCCUGAGAGUCACAGAUCUUCUAGCUGCCUUGCUCGCUCACAUGUCUAGCAGUGCCAUUGCCAUGUGCAUUCUCCUGUGGUCACCCUGCCAGCUGGCAUUCGAACUCUUGGUGUCCAUGAGCAAACUCCUGGUUAAUGUCUUCUUCCUGAAUCUCUAUGGCCUAUUGUUGCUGGCCCUCCUCGUCACAGUCAGCACCUUCGUCCUCAACCCUGAGCUGAUGAGGACACUGGCAGACCACGUGUCGGGAUACUUGAACACCUUGCCUUCAUACCACCGCCUGCGGAGGGACAUCUGGCGCCUCUAUCAGGUUGUGCUCUUGACGCUGGGGAUGGUGGUGAGCUCCCAGGCUUGGCGCAGGGUUGCAGACUGGAGUCUCCAAAUGGCCAAUUGGAGUGGAGGAGGCAGAGCAACAAACCAGCAGGCCAACCUAAUGCUGCAAGAUGCAGAGGCCAACCAAGGCAGGCCAGGGGCGGCGGCAGCCAUUCAUAGACCAGUUGCUCAUCAGGGAAGAGCAGGGCUGCUUGGAGCCAAUCAGCAGGGUGUAGGGGCUGCUCGUCAGGGGCAACAGCUGGCAGGCAGAGGACAUGGGGACCAACAUGAUACGAACGUUGAGCAGGGAUCAAAUGCGCAAGCAGCCUCUGGUCGAUAUGCUACAGCAGGGCCGCGCCUCCUGCCUCCAGGCGAAGGGCCCAGCACAUCACGAGCCAAAGCUGUGAGGAAAGAGCAGCUGAACGCUUUAGAGGAGGACAGCGAGGAUGUUGCUCCGGAGAAUGACCCUUGGAUGCUCUUGAAAGAACAAGAAGAACGUAAAAAAUGUGUCAUUUGUCAGGACCAAACCAAAACCGUCUUGCUCCUGCCCUGCAGGCACUUGUGCCUCUGUGAAGAGUGCACCGAAAUCCUACUGCAGCAGGCCAUCUACCAGCGCAACUGCCCACUCUGCCGGCAGAUGAUACUGCAGACGCUAAACGUGUACCUGUGAGGUCGGGGUGUCACAUAACUGAUAUUUCACUGGGCUUUCCCGGUGUGCCAGCCAGCACAAGAGAGUCCUGGGAUCCUGGCUUCACAGUGGUGGUACUUUCGGUGCCAGGUACCCAGGAGCAGCUCAGCACUUUCUAUGCCACCUGGAGUUUUCCAAAGAACCAGCAAUGACACUGAAACAGAGAGAACCAUAGAAGCUUUGUGUCAUGAAUAUUGUGGUGUCACUCGCUUGUCGCUGCUGCUGGAAAGCACAAAGCCGAUCCCAGCAACAGAGUGAAAGGUUUUGGCAGCUGAACAGCAGCCUGGACUUUUGCCUGGAGAGCAGAAUCUGCCUCGGGUGGUGCAUCACACCGAGUCUCCAAAGCAGGGCUUGAAAAAAGCUCCAGACACUUCCUAGCUGAAGUCUGCUGUGAAAGAUGGUAGCAGCGCCCUGGUAAGAUGCUCCGAUGUUAGCAAAGAGCAAAUUCUGGGAUUCCAGCCCUGCUAUUAGGAGCAAGGGAGGGCUUUUGUGGCAGGCUUGGCUAGCGACUGCCUGAAAAUCUUGGCAUUUCUCCACUUCUCUCAACUAUUGAAAAGGAGCUGCUCUUCCCCUCCUGCUUUCUUGUAGGAGGGCAGGAAGGGAGUUGAAUGGCUGAGAGCCUGCAACAGAGUGAAAUUAACAAGACUGUGGCCAGUUUCACUGUCGAUUUCACUCUGGAUUCCCAAACUCAAAGGCCCAGACUCUUAGAUGCCUAAAUAUCUUUAACGGCUGUCAAUUUCCAUGGGCAUUAGACACGUAAAUACUUUGGAAGACCUGGGCUACAGCUUCUAUCCCAUGGGCAAGUGCAUCUUUCAAGCCUGAUCCAAAAGACUGGCUAGUGCUCUCCGUAGCCAGAGGCCCGUCUGGUUUGCGGCUGCAGAAACACACCCUGUGAAACUUUUCAUCAUUCCUUCACAGUAUCUUGGACCCUGGUGCCGUCUGGGGUCUUUGUUUUUCCUUUUUGCCCUUCAAAAGCUGGUUAUGCAGGGGGAAAAUUUACUAGGCUGUAGGAUUUUUCCAGCUUAUUUCCCCCAAUUCUCUCAGGGCCACAUCUCCUUGAGAGAGAGACAAGUUAGAAGCCAAAUGUUGCUACCGGGGAGAACACAAAUUCUUCCCAGUUUAACUUACGUAGAGUUAAGUCAGCACCUCAUUGAGUACACUGGCACACAAUUAGCACAGAUCACCUAUGCAAAAGAACACAUUCCAGAUUCCUCGCACAGUUCUUUUGGGGGAGGGAAGGUUGAGUGGGGGGGAAAGGAAGGCUGGCUCUGUUUUCUCUUUGAAGGUAGUUUCUUCACAUGAAUGUAGUGCUGUCUUAACAGCCCUGAAAAUGGAAGGCCUCCAUGUAUCCACAGAACAGGUCCAGCUUAGGCAGCAGCAAUGCUAGCGUCCACAUCUCAUGUACCUCCUUCCACACUCAGAGUCCCCUUUAAAAGGGACUUGAUUCUCCGUGGCCUACUCAACCCAUAGUCUUUACUGAGACUGCUCUAGAGCCAUCCCGCUGUAACCACUGUCUCCUGGUCUGGGGUGGGAUCGAAGGAGAGAUCUCUGACGGGGGAAGUGCCAGAUCCCUCUGAGACAUGCAGACCCUGGGGAGCAAGUUUUUCUAUGUGUGAUGAAGCUAUAAUUGCACAUAUAGGGUUGUAAUUUAGCGUGGGAUUAUAUUGGUGUUGUUUUACCGACGGUCUGAAAUGUGAAAUGUAUCACGAGAGCUUCUUUGCUUAUGCACCGUCCCCCUCCGGGAAGCUCAGCAGUAAUCUCUGGAUUGGGAAGUCUGGAAGGACUGUCAGCAUUUGGCCAGUCAGUGUAAUUCCAAGAGAUCAGUGAGCUGACAAAUAGGGUAUUGGAACUAAAACCCUCUCGUGUUCCCGGAUGCUUGAGAGGGGUUAUCAGAGUCCCAGAACCAAUUUAAUCCUAAGUGCUUACAUUGUAUCGAGCCCCUGGACCGCAAGACAGGAGGCCGGGGGAUGUGUAUGUUCUCUCUCAAGCUAUUCAAUAAUUAAUAGCUGGUCUCACCCCAAAUGGAGCAGUGUACUAAGGCCAGAGAGCACUGGGGGAGGAUCGAAUGAAUUUGUUUACAUUGCAGAAUUCCGCUGUCAUAGCGAGGUUCAGGCGAGGCUGUGUGACUGGAGCCGAGUCGUUAAAAGCACUUUGUGGGAUGGUGUUACAGACGCAGGGUGAAGCGCCGGCUCUACCGACGCCAGUGGGAAAAUUCUCUUUGGCUUCGUGGGGCUCAGGAUUGGGCCCUGGUUUCUGUGGGGUAUUAUAAUACGGGGUGGUCCCGGCAGGCCGGGCAGAACCAAACAAUGCUACCAAAGACGGGCACUGACCUGCAUGUAGGAAGAAAUGUUAUUGGGGCGAAUGACAUUCUCUGGGAGGCUGCUGCGGGCGUAGGUGGAGAACAGCCGUGCUUUAGAAUAGAGGUGCACCUGGCAGACACGGGUGAAGGGGGAGAGGCAGAAGGGCCCAGCCUCGAAAGCUACCAGGGAGCAGCGCUGCCAGGGGCCCCCGGAGACAUGGAAUGCGGCAGCUUUCAACUUUCUGAUCAAUUUAAAAAAAAAAAAUCCUCGACAAGCAUUUGAAGUGUGGUGCUGCUGGCAGGAGGAUGAAAAAUUUCCUUCUCUGCCCCUUCUGGGCUGCUGAUGCUUAAAAUCGAGGGGGAUGGCAGCAAGAUGGCAUGAGUUAUGUUCUGCCCUUCCUGGUAAGCCACACAGCCCCAGGGGCCGUGUGCACCGUGCCUGUUCCGACACACAGCCAGGCUUGGAAGCCUUGAGUGUAAAAUCUUUCACAUUGCUGUUUUUCUAAGAAGUUUCUCCCCCCCCCUCCCCACCCGCUUCGGUGUCUUUCCCUUUGUUGGGCCAGGCCCUUUUGUUUUCCGCUUUGCCUGCAUUUGCAGACGCUACAGGGGGAUGUUGCCGUUUGAAGGAGAAUUGUUUAUUUCCUUCGAGGUCCCCUGGAAGUGCUCUUAUUGACUCUUCAUUUCUCCAUAAGCCUCCUCCAACACCACGAGAGCAUCUCAGAGUGCGGCGGGAUAGGGCUGUGGGGCUGGGCCGAAGCCCUCUGCCGACGGGCAUGCUGACUCAGCCACCCGGGUUCUGCUGGUUUCAGGCCUUUCAGAAAUUGACGGGAGGGGAGGCAAAGUUUGUACCAAAUAACAAAGGGGGGAGUAGUGGCUGAUGCUUAAAAUCAAGGGGGAUGGCAGCAAGAUGGCAUAAGUUAUGUUCUGCCCUUCCUGGUAAGCCACACAGCCCCAGGGGCCGUGUGCACCGUCCUAGGCUGUCGGAGCAGUGCAGUGUCUGCAGCUGUGCGUAACGCUUUCCACCUGUCCAAGGCUAUUCCGCUCCUUCCUCCCCAUCGGCGUUGGACGCUGGAGGCAGCCAAGAGGCCUGUGCAGCCAACCCGGCCCCCUUUGUAAAGUUAGCCAGAGCCUCCCACUUUGUGCCUUCUUGAAAAACUGGCUCCCGCCCAGAUGCUCUUUGGCUGCCCCGCUGCAGGGGUUUAUUUUGGGCGGUGGCUUUUCUAACACUGGCCCCGGAGGGAGAGUUUUGUAUCCAGCAUUCUGGGGGGUUCUCUUCCCAGAGCUCACUGCUGCUUCCCUUCCUACCCGCUCGUGUUUGAUGUUUGAAACGACGGUCUCUCUGCCUUUGGGGGCUGUGGUUUGCUGUCCAGAAAAGCUGCGUGUUCGAAGGUUAACUCUUUGCACUAGGAGCCCGACUCUGCACAUUAAAGUCUCCUUUGCAAAAACCAAA